AUGGAAUACUUGAACAACAUAUUGGGUCAACUGAACCAAGUUCAACUGGUUGAAGAGGCAAUUCCAACUUUAUGUAACCGUUUGCAACAUGCAACUAUGUCUUCAGAUAGACGAUCUGCUGUUCUUGGAUUGAAAAGCUUCAGUAGACAAUAUAGAGAAUCAGUUGUGGAACAUGGAUUGAGACCUUUGAUAGCCACAUUCAAGAAAGAUAUAGAUAAUCCACAGAUUAUUAAACCACUCUUAGAGACCUUACUUAUAUUGUUUAUUCGUGGUGAAUCUGAUGAAGAUCAAACUAGAGGAUGGAUCUCACAACAAUCCCGUCUUCAAAAUGGGAAAUAUCCUUCACCAUUACUCAUGGAAGAUGUAUCAUUAGAUCAAUUGUCAUUAUGGAUUGCCGAUGCAUUAAUUCAAGAUCAUGAUACACUUGUUCAGCUUAUAGAGAAUCUUUCAGAAGCCAGUGAUUAUCAUACCAAAUUGUAUACUAUCCAAUUAUUGGAGUCAUUAACUGCCAGUCGAGGAUCUAGAACAAAAGAAACAUUAUUGACUAUUCCAACUGCUAUGUCUACCAUAUGUCUGUUAUUGAAUGAUUCAAAUGAACCAGUCAGAAAUGAAGCAAUCUUGUUGCUCAUGGCAUUGGUUAAUGAUAAUUUUAAUAUUCAAAAAUUAGUAGCAUUUGAAAAUACAUUUGAGACUUUAUUUGAUAUCAUUGAAGAAGAAGGUGGUAUUAGAGGAUCAAUUUUGGUUCAAGAUUGUCUUACAUUAAUUACCAAUCUUUUGCAAUUUAACGCAUCCAACCAAAAAUUUUUCUUAGAAACUCAAUGUGUUCCUAAAUUGGCAGGUUUGUUGGGUGAACCAAUAGAUGAAACUGGUGAUCCAGAAUUAUUGGAUGAGGAUGGGUUUCCAAUUGCUCCGCCUCCAAUAGUUUGGACUGAUCAAAGAAUUCAAAAUAUGAUUAUCGCAUUAGAAAUUUGUAGAUUAUUGGUUUCUGAAGAUAAUGAAUUGGUAUUACAAAAUCAAGAUAAAUUAUUCCAAGCUGGUAUCCAUUACAUUUUGCUUAAACUUGUUUUUUCCCCAUUGACAGAAAAUCUAGUAAGAUCAGUUGCAUUGCUUACAACUGGUGAUGCAAUUAGCGGUAAUGCCAAUAUCCAGCUUGAAUUUUCCAAAGUUGAUGUUCCGUAUAUGGAUCCAUCAUUGCCAUCCCAGAUUCAAACAUACGAUAGACCAAUUUCUGUUCCACUUGCAUUACUUAAUUGGUGUUUAUUCAUAAACUCUGUUCAUGCAUUUGAUAUCCGUGUUAGUGCAGCAUUUUGUUUAAAUUCUUAUUUCAAAGACAAUAACGAAUCAAAACUUGCAUUUUUAAAUGAUCAAAUUAAAGCAUAUACCAAUCCAAACUACUAUGAAGAUCUCCCGAAGGAUGAAUUACCAGCCGUUAAUGGAAACAGUAUUCCAACACCUUUUGGGAAUAUUUUCAAAACUUUGAUGGAUUAUGAUGCUGAUAUGAAAUUGAAUCCAUACACCGUUUGGUUUGCAUCAACAAUUUUAGUAUACUUAUUUGUUGAAGACAUUGAGAAUAAAGAAAUUGCACGUGAAGUUAAAACCGGUGAUGAAGAAGCCGGUGAAGAAGUUAUGAACUCAAUUCAAGCCAUGUCUGGAUUGUUACUCACUACCCUUGAAAAUAUGGAUCAAAGAAUUGCCAUGGGGUAUUUGAUGUUGUUAACUAUCUGGCUUUAUGAAGAUUUCAAUGCUGUUAAUGACUUCUUAAGUGACCAAUCAACUGUGAAAUCUAUUUUAGCAUCACUAUCUAACAAUACUUCUGAUCAGAAUGUGUUGGUUCAAGGAAUGGCAACAAUAUUGUUAGGGGUAGCAUACGAAUUCUCAUCAGCUGAUUCACCACUCCCAAGAGCUGAGUUACACGCACUUUUAGUUAAAAGUCUUGGUAAGGAUAAUUAUGCUUUAAAAAUUAAGCAAUUCAAAGCUAACCCAGUUUUCAAAGACUUUGAACAAGCACUGCUGCUUACAUUUACACAGGAUGAUACUGGUCUUCCAAAUGUGUAUUUUACUACCAAUUAUGUCGAUUUGAUCAAAGAAAACUUCUUACGUAUUAAGCGUGCAUUAACCCAUGACCCGUUAGGAGAACCUCGUGGUAAAAUCUCAUAUGAGUUAUUUGAAGAAUUGGAUAGCAAAGUUUCCGAUUUGACUAAAGAAUUGAAACUGGAAAAGGAAAAAGCUGUUAACAAUGACAAAACUUUGAAUGAAAAGAUUUCUGAAUUGUCCGACCUUUCUAACAAAUUGGAAUUAAAACUUGAAGAUAACCAAAAGGAGUUAGCCAAGGUUAAAGAAGAUCAUGCAUAUGUAUCCGAGAAGUUAUCAACCACAACUCAAAAUUUGUCAACAAUGGAAACUUCCAAGAAAGAGUUUGAAACAUUGUCACAAAAAUAUCACAAAGAACUCCAAGAAGCUUUAAAGAAAGGCAGUUCAUCGAGUGAUUUAUCUAAGCAGUUGAAAGAGAAACUUGACACAACUGAACAAGCUAAGAAGAAAUUAGAAGAUGGUAUUAACAAUAUGACGAGAGAUUUGUUUCAAUUCAAGAAACAAAAAAAUGAAGGGGAACAAAAAAUCAAACACCUUGAAGGUGAAUUGAAGAAAUUUAAUAAUGAAUUGGAAAGGACAAAGCAGAACUAUGAAAAUCAAAUAAAAAAUAUACAAUCGGCUAAUGAUGACUUCAAGCGGAAGAUCCAGGAAUUGAAUUCUCAAUUAGAUGGUGUUCUCAAAGACAAAGAAUCUACUGUUCAAGAGCUUGAGGAAAAAAUUAGAGAUGCAGAAGAAAAUAAUGAACACUUAAUGGAUAAGUUGAGAUCUGCAUCAGUUGCAUUCAACGAAUUGAAACAAAGCAAAUUAGAUUCUGAAGAAGAAACCGCACAGACUAAGAAACAAUUGGAGGAGGUCAAUGGUAAAAUUGAAGAGUUGCAAAAAUCAUUAGAUGAUGUGCAACUAGAAAAGACCCAGUUGAAAGACAAAUUGGCCAAUUUGGAAAACAGUACAAGCGAAAAGAUUAAGAGUUUGGAAAGUGAAUUAGAGUCCAUCAAGAAAUCUAGUAAAGAAAUUUCUUCAGAAAAAUCAAAACUUGUUGAGGAGUUGGAAAAGUUGAAACAAGAAGUUGAUGCAAAAGAUAAAAAACUUGCCUCGGCUGAAGAAGAAUCAAAAUCGAAGAUUGAUGAUCUUAACUCCAAAAUUCAAGAUUUGGAAGCUAAACUUAAAGAAUCUGAAGAUUCACACUCUUCUACAAAGGAUUUGCAUUCAUCACUUUCAGAUGCACUUGAUAAAUUAAAGACCGAGUAUGAAUCAACUAAGACUUCUUUGAAUGAGAAAUUGUCUGCUAAAACAGAGGAACACCUGAAGGUUGCAUCUGAAUUAGAAAGUAAGCUUAAGCAUAUCUUACAUUUGAAAGAGGAACAUCAAAAGGAGAAAGCUCAACUUGAAGAGAAACAUAAGGAGGUUUCUACAAACUUGGAAAAUGUUACUAAAGAAUUGAAGCAAUCAGAGAAGAACUUGUCUAGUGUUAACCAAAGACACGAUGAAUUAAGUGAUACCCUUAAAAAUCAUGAAUCCAAAAUUGAAGAUUUGGAAACUACGGUGGAAAUUUCUAAAGAAAAGUCUAAGCGUUUAAUACAAGAUAUUGAAGACUUAAAGAAAGAAAAAAUUGAUUUGGAAAAGACUAUUAAAGAUCACGUUGACUCAUUGGAAGCUAAAUCAACCGAAGUUUCUACUGCUGAAAGGAAAAUUGAAGAAGUAAACAAAGAAUUAAAGAAUCUUCAGGAAGAAAAAGAUAGUGAAAUUAACAAAAUGAAAGAACUCCAAAACGAGAAGGCUAAAGAGGUUGAAAAAUUGAUGAAAGAUCUUGCAACUGCAAAAUUAUCGACCGAGAAUAUAACGAAGGAGAUGAAUGGUAAACUCAAAGAAUUGCAAGAUGCGAACGAGAUUGAAGUUAGAGAAUUGAAGACCAAGUUAUCUACUAAAGAAGACGAAUUGAAGGGAAUUCAAGCUAAAUUUGAUAUUGCACUUGCAGAGAAGGAAGAAAUUGAUAAUUCUACUUCGAAAACUAUUUCUUCCUUGAAAACAGAAAUUGACGAUUUAAAGAAACAAAUUGCCAAAGAAAAAGAGGCCAAGAAGGAAAUUGAUGAAAAGGUCAAAAUAUUAUCAGAAGAAGUAGAUAAGAAAUCUAAUGAAUUGGAUAGCAAAGACAAGGAAUUGCAAUUAACGAAAGAUGAGUUGAGUAAGUUAUCCAAUGACUUGGUUUCUGUUAAACUGGAGUUGACUAAAGUUCAAGAUGAACGUAAACUGCUUUCAGAAGAAGUAACCAAAGCUAAGUCUGUUAUUGACAAGAAAUCGGCGUUGGUAGUGUCUUUGGAAAAAGAGAAAUCAGAUCUUGAAUCUAAUUUGAAAUCAACGAAGAGUGAAUUGAAGGAGUUGCAGAACAAGUACAAGAAGGAAACUGCUACUUUGAAUGAAAGGAUUUCUGAAAAAGAAAAAGAAAUUUCCAGUUUAUCAACAGAAUUAAAAGAUAGAAUUCUGGAAGUUGAGAAAGAAAGAGCUAUGCUUAGUGAAAAUUCCGAAACUGUAAUCAAAGAAUAUGGUGACAAGAUUAAAUCUUUGGAAGAAAAGAUCAAAUCAUUAAAAGAGACACAUUCUAAGGAUACUUCAAAGCAUAAUGAAGAAAAAUCAACUUUGAAGAGCAGUAUAGAAAAGUUAACUCUGGAACACGAUUCAACUAAGAGUAGUUUGGAAGAAAAGGAACAGGAAUUGAAUAAAUUUAAAGCCGAGCUUAAGAAAACAGUCGACACAGCCAAAGAAGCUGUUGAUGAGAAGGAAAAGAAAAUUGAUGAGUUGUCUUCAGAAGUGAAAACAUUGAAGUCAGAUAUUUCCGUAAAGGAAGAGGAAAUUAGAAAGUCUGAAGCUGAUUAUAAGAAAUUAUCUGUUGAAAAGUCUGUUUUUGAAAAGAAACUCACCAACAAUACUAAUGAGUUGAAUGAAACUGUCAAAAAAUUGGAAGAUGCUAAGGCAAGUCUUGCUGAAGUUGGUAAAUUGAAAGAUGAAUUGACUGCAGAAUUGGAUACUUUAAAAUCAACUAGUUCGUCUACAAGCACUGAAUUGAAUGAAUUGAAGAAAGAGAUUAAAAAUCUUUCUAAUGAAAAGAGUGAGUUAAGCUCUUCAUUAGAAAUUAAAACAAAAGAUUUUGAUGAUCAAGUCACUAAACAUACGGAAUUGUCUGGUAAAUUUGACGAGUUGACCAAGAAACUUGAAUUAAAACAUUCAGAGUUGGAAUCAACGAAGAAGAUGCAUUCGGAUACUGCAUCAAAAUUGAAGGCUCUUGAAAAAGAAUUGGAAACUGUCAAUGCAAAACAUUCCGAGGUUAGUGAUACUGUCGAAUCCAAGACUAAUGAAAUUGCAAAAUUGAAUGACCAGAUAAACCUGUUGAAAAGUCAACAAUCUGAUGCUAAUAAAGAGAAAUCAAGUACUAUUUCCAAAUUGCAAGAAACUGUCAAAUUAUUAGAGUCAGAAAUUAAAGAAAAGAAAGUAUCUCUUGAAAACUAUGCCGAUUUGGACAAUAAACUCAAGGAAAAGGAAUCUGAAGUAAAAACUCUAGGUGAGAGUAAGGAUAAAUUACAAUCACAACUAGAUGACUUAAAGAAAGAAUUAGAGGGCGCGUUGGUUUAUAAGAAAGAGUUGGACACCACAGCUGCUAAAUUAAGUGAGUCCGAACUAGAAUUGAAAUCUGCUAGUGAAAAGGUUGAACAGCUUUCUGCAGCAAAGUCAAAGGUUGAGGAAGAGCUUGCUUCUGUCGAGAAGAAACAUUCUGAAUUGGUUAAACUGGUGGAAGUUAACUCCUCGGACUCAGCUAAAGUUCAAUCCGAUCUUGAUGAGGCUCGUAAAAAAGUGGCUUUGUUGGAAGAUGAAUUAGCUAAAGUUAAAUCUGAGCAUGAAAUAGCUAAAACUCAAAUUUCAGAAAAGGAAAAAGUUGAGGCUGAAUUUGCCAACUUGCAGAAAUGUCAAAAAGAUACUGAAAGCAAGUUAGAAGUGGUUGAAAAAGAGAAAGAUGAUAUUUCCAAGGAACUCGAGAAGGAAAAGAGUGCAAAUGAAGAGUCAGUUAAACAACUCAAGUCAAUUGAAGAAUCCAGCAAGUCGUCUUCUGAAAAGUAUGAACUUGAAAUUAAGAAACUCAAGGAUAAACUCAACAAAUAUGUUCCGAAAUCUGAUCUUGAUGAUUUGAUGUUGUUAAUGUCCGAUUUGGAUGAGAAGAAUAAAGCAUACAAGAAGAAAUUAAAGUCGUUAGGAGAAGAUGUCUCAAGUGAUGAAGAGUCAGAUGAAGAUGAUUCGGAUGAAGAUGACGAAGAUGAAGAGGAUGAAGAAUAG